UCGGUGGGAAGCGUUAAAGAAAAAUUGUAAAACCCAAAACUACAACAAAUAACAUGUCCAUUGAUACGACCCUCAAACUGGGCGAGGAAAUUCGCUUUCUGAGCAAAAUCAGCAGUACUGUGAGGCAGCUAGUCAAGCGAACGCAUUUCACAAUGAACGAGCUGGAAGUGGUUUUGUUGAUUUACUAUAAACUACUCAAGGACGACGAUAGUGGACUCCGUGGAUUGCGUCAGCACAUUACCCGGCACCAGUUCACGAGAGUAUUUGAUAUGGUUUUCGGAUUAACCGACGAGACCAUGCUGGGACGGAUCUAUUCCGCACUGGACAGGGGUGUGAGUUCUCACGUAACGAUGGAAACAUGGGCCACUACGGUAUCGCUGUUCCUGCGAGGUUCUUUCGAGGAGAAGAUUCGAUACUGUUUCCAGGUGUACGACAUCCAGGGGGAUGGUGUUAUCCGCCGGGAUCAUAUGAUGCUGCUGAUGAAGAAUACCGCUAUCAAGCACCAGGAAGAGGACGUUGGCGAAGUGGUUAAAGAUUUGGUCGAUAUAAUCCUGCACCGGAUGGAUGCCGAUCGGGAUGGAUCGAUAUCGUUUCAGGACUAUCAGCAAACGGUUCGGCAGCGGCCGGAGCUUCUGGAGUGUUUUGGUCAGGCGUUGCCUGAUCGUGCACGGGUUCACGCCUUUUCGAAGACUUUUUUGGAACGGGGUCGAAAGUAUUAAGUGGAAUCAAAUUUAC